UAAAACGAUAAAAAGCCAAUAAAUAAUAUUGAGGAAUUCACACAAUAAUUUACAAAAGUGUUUUUAACUUUUCAGGGAUUUUCGGUUAAUGUUAAGGAUAAAAGGCUUUUGAAAAUAUUCACAAUAAUACAAACAUAAAAUGACAAAAGAACUGCAUUUUGGCACAAAUUCAUACAAUACAAGGUAAUAAGAGCCAAAUGAGCUAUGGAUGCUUAACCAUAGUUAGUAGACUCAUAGUAGCUAUGUUACAACAUUUAGAAAGAAAAUAUUGCUCAAAGGGAUUUAGUUGAGCUUUGUUGAUAAGUGUAUGUUUUAACCUUACRAUUGUGUCUACUCUUACGAUUGUGGCAGCGAAGCGAAUUUGAUUAAACGUGCGCCUUCCUAAUUUUCCACGGUUGACCGAAGCUGUAAUUUCUCGCGGGAAUUUAUAAUAGUUGAAUUGCCACCCUGGUGUAGUAAUAGAUUAUAUUUACCGCGGCAAUUAUGUCACGCAUUAUAGUUURCAUUUGAUUUGAAAUUAGCUUAUUUAAUUAAUUGCCCUGUUUUUGAUGGACUUCGAACUGCCUUUGAGUCGGAGGUACGGCAAAGAAUGCUUCCGAGAGCCGGUUUGAAAAAGGUGGAGGAAAAAAGCGCAUCAUGAAUGAUGGAUUCUUGAAUGCUACAUCCUUUGACAGCGGGCAAACCAAAUGUGAUUUCUCCAUGCUGGAAUACGUCAUCUUCACAGCUACCGUGUUUAUAGUGUUUAUUCUAGUUGUUGCUUAUAUCUUCAUUGUUCGCUCGUAUCGCUCCUCAAAACCCAACAACGACGAAGGAACCGAAAUCARGUGGGGRCUGUUUUCAAAAGUAAAUGCAGAAGACAAUAGCCUAGAUUGGGAUAACUUUGAUAUAUACCAAGGCUCUCAAGGUAUUCCAUCAAAAAUUUUCAAUUCCCGACGUGUUGGUAUACAACCCAGAACUUAUGAGGAUCUACAGAAGAGCGAAGAACAAUUAGCAGAAAGCUCAUCAAGUGCAGGGACAGAGGAAGCACCUGUCAAACCUCCCAAAGUAAAAUUCACUCUUAAAUACAAUACGGUCAGGUCCACGCUUGCUGUCCACGUAUUGGGAGUACAAAAUGUACCAAAACGAGGCAAAGGUGACGUGGCUUAUUACGUCACCUUGAGAAUCUUUCCCCAGCCACACCGCACUUUUCACACCAGGGCAAUAGAGAGCGGUAAUCCACUUCAAUUUAAUGAACUCUUUGAAUUUGAUAUACUCGAACCAAGCCUCCUCGUCCAGAGUCUCAAGCUAAUGUUGUCCUACUUUGAUCGCUUUUCGCAUCAUGACGUCAUCGGGGAUCUAAUGGUAGAGCUCGCUGAAGUGGAACCGCGUGGGCUCACUUUGUCCAGGGAAAUUUUACUGUGUAAAGAGCUUUCUAAGAAAAAUGUAGAAAUUUCAUCGAAUGGUSACAUCAUGUUGUCGCUAGGAUACCUACGCUUGAUUGAGAGACUWGCUGUAGUUAUAAUUUCAGCUAAAAAUCUCCAUCUGCCGGACACAGACCGUACACCAGAUCCUUAUGUGGAGGUUGCGUUGCUUCAUGGCCGUCGAACAAUUAAGCACAAGAAGACUUCCAGCAAAAUCAAAGACUGUAAUCCCGUUUUCAACGAAAGUUUGACUUUCCAUAUACCCUACGGAAUCCUUCACCAGUCCUCCCUCCUUAUAUCAGUAAAGAAUGAUGCAGGCGUCACUUCCAAUGACGUCAUCCUAGGCCAAGUCCUUCUCGGUCCAGACGCGUCGGGAAUUCAAUUUGAGCACUGGAAUGAAAUGAGAGUGAAUAAUAAACCGAUUGCCCGAUGGCAUAAGCUUCACUUGGAAUAAAUAUAAUGUCAAUCAAUGCAAAUUUAAUUCAAUAAUCGUCCAUAUUUCUGUGAAAUACGGCCGCCGCCAUCUUGAAUAGGUAUACUGUACUGAUAUGAGAGAAUGAUAUAAACCAAAGCAAUCUAAUACCUGGCAACGUAAGACCUUACUCGCUACCACAGGUAACCCAGCCUAAGCAUGUGAUUUUUGGAGAAAUCGSUUAAAAACGCUUUAAAUUGCAAAGUUCUUGAUCGAGAUUUUAUUCUAAGUUUUAUUUACAAAAUUUUGGCUUCGAAACUAUAACAUCGAUGUACAUUCACUUUUACAAAUGCUUAGCUUGGGUUACCUGUGUCAAUACAAAUUGUCUACAAAUUAAAUUAAUGACGUGUGCGCAGCUCUAGAUGCUAUAUUUAGAACGAUACAAUUGCAAGUUAAUCAAUAGAUAAAAUUAUGAUAAKUAAGUUGUAAAUAUAUAURAUUAUUUUGAACUUUAUUUUAUUUUUACCGAUAGAGCCGGUAAUCGAAACAUGGUUAUGAAGAAGCUAUCAGUAAUUAAAACGCACAAUUUAUGAAUUAUUUACAUGAGAUAGUUAAGAAAUCAUUAAAAUCCAAGAAA